GAAACCAGACUUCUCAAGUUCAGAUGUUGCCAUCUCCAUCUGCAUGAAAUAGCCUCUUUUUUCCUUUCCCAUUCUUUUUUCAUCUUCCUUUCCCUCUCUCUGGGCUAUAACGAGUCAAUUUUAGAGGGAAAGGGCUGAUUAGAGGAAGGAAAAAGAAGUAAUUUCAAGUGUUUUUGGACAAUUUCUUCUUCGUUUUGGUUGUUUUUUGGUCAGCCAUGGGUGACAUAUCAUUGGAGGAUGUCAAGAAUGAGAAUGUUGAUCUUGAACGGAUUCCUGUUGAGGAAGUUUUUGAGCAACUAAAAUGUACGAAAGAAGGAUUGACUACUGCAGAAGGAGAGAAAAGACUUCAAAUAUUUGGCCCUAACAAGCUUGAAGAGAAAAAAGAGAGCAAAGUUUUGAAAUUUUUGGGGUUUAUGUGGAACCCUCUCUCUUGGGUCAUGGAAUGUGCAGCAAUCAUGGCCAUUGUUCUGGCUAAUGGAGGGGGAAAACCACCUGAUUGGCAAGACUUUGUUGGUAUUAUGGUUCUCCUGAUCAUCAACUCCACCAUCAGUUUCAUUGAAGAGAACAAUGCUGGAAAUGCAGCUGCUGCUCUGAUGGCUGGUCUUGCCCCCAAAACAAAGGUUCUAAGGGAUGGAAAGUGGAAAGAAGAAGAGGCAGCAAUUCUGGUUCCAGGAGAUGUGAUCAGUGUCAAAUUGGGAGAUAUUAUCCCGGCUGAUGCCCGUCUCUUAGAAGGCGAUCCUCUAAAGAUUGAUCAGUCUGCUCUUACUGGUGAAUCUUUGCCUGUAACUAAGUAUCCUGGUGAUGAAGUGUUCUCUGGUUCUACCUGCAAGCAAGGUGAGAUUGAGGCUGUUGUCAUUGCAACUGGUGUCCAUACCUUCUUUGGGAAGGCAGCUCAUCUUGUGGAGAGCACCAACCAAGUUGGCCACUUCCAGAAGGUGUUGACGGCCAUCGGAAACUUCUGUAUAUGCUCGAUUGCAGUUGGGAUGAUUAUUGAGAUCUUAGUAAUGUAUCCAAUCCAGCACAGGGCGUACAGAGAGGGAAUUGACAACCUGUUGGUGCUUCUCAUUGGAGGUAUCCCUAUUGCCAUGCCGACAGUUCUUUCAGUGACCAUGGCCAUCGGAUCACAUCGCCUCUCGCAGCAAGGCGCCAUUACCAAGAGGAUGACAGCAAUUGAGGAGAUGGCUGGGAUGGAUGUCCUCUGCAGUGACAAGACUGGAACUCUCACCCUCAACAAACUCACAGUAGACAAGUCCCUUGUUGAGGUGUUUGUACCUGGCAUGGAUAAGGACGCUGUUAUGCUGUUUGCUGCAAGAGCUUCCAGAGUUGAAAAUCAAGAUGCUAUUGAUGCCUGCAUUGUUGGAAUGUUGGGCGACCCAAAAGAGGCAAGGGCAGGAAUCACUGAGGUACAUUUCCUGCCCUUCAAUCCAGUUGAUAAGCGGACUGCCAUUACCUACAUCGACAGAGACGGUAACUGGCACCGAAGUAGCAAGGGUGCUCCUGAACAGAUAAUUGACCUUUGUGAGCUUAAAGGAGAAGUAAGAAAUAAGGCUCAUGCAAUUAUUGAUAACUAUGCCAAUCGCGGUCUUCGUUCCUUGGCAGUCUCUCGACAGACUGUUAAAGACAAGGACAAAGAGAGUGCUGGAGAGCCAUGGGAAUUUGUUGGCCUCCUGCCCCUAUUUGAUCCUCCUAGGCAUGAUAGUGCAGAGACCAUCCGUCGAGCUCUCGAACUUGGUGUUAAUGUUAAGAUGAUCACUGGUGACCAACUUGCAAUAGGAAAAGAAACUGGUCGGAGGCUUGGCAUGGGCACCAACAUGUAUCCAUCAUCAUCUUUGCUCGGCCAAUGCAAGGACGAGUCGAUUGCUUCCAUUCCUGUUGAUGAACUCAUUGAGAAGGCUGAUGGGUUUGCUGGUGUCUUCCCUGAACACAAGUAUGAGAUUGUCAAGAAACUUCAGGAGAGGAACCACAUUUGUGGCAUGACAGGAGAUGGUGUCAAUGAUGCUCCUGCUCUGAAGAGGGCCGACAUCGGUAUUGCCGUGGCUGAUGCAACCGAUGCGGCAAGGAGUGCAUCCGACAUUGUCUUGACAGAGCCAGGGCUGAGUGUCAUUAUAAGUGCUGUGUUAACCAGCAGGGCCAUCUUUCAGAGAAUGAAGAACUACACCAUCUAUGCAGUUUCCAUCACAAUCCGUAUCGUGUUGGGAUUCAUGCUCGUCGCUCUCAUCUGGAAGUUUGAUUUCUCGCCUUUUAUGGUCCUGAUCAUUGCCAUCCUGAACGAUGGAACCAUCAUGACCAUCUCAAAGGACAAGGUGAAGCCAUCUCCUGUGCCAGACUCAUGGAAACUCAAUGAAAUCUUUGCUACCGGUGUCGUCCUCGGAACAUACAUGGCCCUCAUGACCGUGGCUUUCUUCUGGCUUGCAAACGAAACCCACUUCUUCGAGAUCACUUUUGGAGUAAAGCCACUCGAAGAUCUUGCUGAGAUCAACUCUGCUCUCUAUCUUCAAGUGAGCAUCAUCAGCCAGGCUCUCAUCUUUGUCACGAGGUCAAGAAGUUGGUCCUUUGUCGAAUGCCCUGGUAUCUUGCUCAUCAUCGCCUUCAUUGCCGCACAGCUGGUUGCCACAUUAAUUGCUGUAUAUUCUGAAUGGGACUUUGCAAGGAUUAAAGGCAUCGGGUGGGGAUGGGCAGGAGCCAUCUGGGUAUUCAGCAUUGUUACUUACUUCCCACUUGAUGUUCUCAAAUUCAUAAUCCGCUAUGCCCUCAGCGGCAAGGCCUGGGACAACAUGCUUGACAACAAGACUGCGUUUACGACCAAGAAGGAUUACGGAAUAGGCGAAAGGGAGGCGCAGUGGGCAACGGCUCAACGCACAAUGCACGGGCUGCAGCCUCCGGAGACCAUAUUUCACGACAAGAGCAGCUACGAGGAUCUAUCAGAGAUUGCAGAGCAGGCCAAGAAAAGAGCUGAAGUUGCCAGGCUGAGGGAACUUCAUACUUUGAAGGGCCAUGUGGAAUCAGUGGUGAAGUUGAAGGGAUUGGACAUUGAAACUAUCCAACAACACUACACUGUAUAAUCUGCAAUGGAGAAGACAACAUAUGGCUGACGUUCAAGUUUCAAAGUUUCAACUAAAACGAAGAAGGAAAAAAAAAGAGAAGAAAAAUUUAUAGAUGGGGAAAUGGACUCUGAUUCUUUUUUCUUCUUUUGUAACAGAAAUUCUUUUCAUUGGAGGGGAAAAAUGUGUAAUUCAGACAGGAGUCUAAAAACGAAGAAACAAAAAUGUGGAAUAUUUGAGAGAAAUUCAAAGGAAUGCUAAUGGAAUAUAUUAUAGACGUAUGUGUUA